CGAUUCUCGAUUAGACGACGAUGGACGAAAUCCGGGCGCUCCAGCGCCAGCUUGCGGCCGCGCAGGAGACCAAGGAGGGCAAUCUCAAGCUCUCGGAGCGCCACGUCGUCGACCUCGUCCUCAAGAUGCAGCAGCUCGGGAAGCUCGACGUCAUCUUCACGCGCAGUGCUAACGCGAUGCUGACGCCCCGCCAGCUGCGCCACGAGGUGGCCGACGCGCUGCUCAACCACAUGGGCCGCGUCUCGAUUGGCGACCUCUGCGCGACGACCAACGUCGACAUGGCGUACGUCGAGAAGGCAUGCGCAGACCUCGCCUCCGAGAGCGUCGGGCGAGACCGCGUCACCGUGAUGGGCGACGAGGUGUUCACCGAGUGGUACCUCGAUGGCAUCAUGGAGGACAUGAACGAAGUCCUCCACGAGCAUGGUCAUGUGACGAUCGGUGACUUGGCGCAGCAGUAUGGCUUUCCGGUCGACUUUAUGAUGGCGGUCAUCACCCCUCGCCUUGGCACGCUCAUCCAUGCGCAUGCCAAAGGCAACAGCUUGUACACGGAAGCUUACGUCGAGCGUCAAGUCGCCCAGAUCCGUGGGUCGUUUUCCGGCAUUACGCGCCCGACAGCGAUCCCCGAGAUCGUAGCGGCGACAGGUAUGGACGAGCGACUCGUUACCGAUACCGUGACCGACCUCAUCGCAAAGAACGUGCUCCGAGGCUCGCUCCGCGGCCGCGAGUACGUCCCCACCAUCUUCGUGGACGUCCAGCGGGCGAACGUCGAUGCAUUCUUUGGCGCGAACGGGUACCUCUUCCAUGAUAUGGCGUCCCAGCUCCACAUUGCGCGGCCCCUGGAGUUUCUCAAGCGCAGCUUUCCGCAUGUCAUUGCGCUCACGGACGUGGUUGUUGCUGACGCCUUCCUUGCGACGCUGGAGGGCGCCAUCGACGCUGCCUGCACGGAAGUCUCGUGGGUCGAUGCGCGCACGGUCUUGCCGCCGGCGCUGCCGGAUCGCAGUGUCGCCGAGCUUGUGGCGCGCACAACGCGCCUGUCGAUGCGCAAGCAGUCGCCCGCCGUCGCGAUCGCGUCCGUGUACGUGGCCAGCCGCGGCUUCUUGAGCGCAGUGCACGACAAGUUUGCCGAGCACGCGGCGGCGCAAGCAGCGCGUUUGGCCGCCGAGACAGUGCGGCACAAGAUCCAAGGACGCAAGGUCGACGUCAAGGCGAAGUUCACCAAGGGCAAGCAUUUCAUGCAUUCCAAUGACGACGGCGAGAGUGACGCGUCGAGCGGUGUCCCGUCGACCGAGGCCAUGGCAGAGCUUGUUGUCAAGUGGUUUGAAGAGUGUGAAGAUGAUGACGCGUUUGUCGCGGGGCUCGUCUCGGAGCUGCGACCCCGCGUCUUGUACGAAGCUGCAGCUGCCAAGGCGCUCUCGGCGAUUCACCGCGGCGGGUCGUCGACCAAGCAAGAGCUUGACAGCAUAUUUGAAGAUCGUUUCGACGCGCUGUACGUUCAGCUGCUCUGCUUGUCCAAAGGCUGGCAUAAGCUCUCGGUCCUCGUGCGUGCGAAUGCCGAGAUCCACAGCGUGGAAGACUAUCUUUUGGCCACGACGGCGUUGGAUCUGUGCAACCUCGUGUUAUCGUUUGUACAAGACGCGUACGAAGUCUGCGAUUUGGUUGGCGUUGCGCUUCUCGUACCCGAGCGCGACGGAACGCCGGUGCCUCGCUUGACGCAGCUCAGUCUGGACAACCAGAAAGCGCUCCAGAAAAGCACUUCGUUUGCAUCAGCAAUCGAGACGAUGUGGGCGCUGGCGACGGGCGACAGCCAAUCGGUCGUCGAUUUUGUGCGCCACAUGUCUGUCCUCGCCGAUGCACUCAACAUGCCGCUGCGCAAGUGCGACCGAAAGAAGGAACGCGCGCUUCUGACUGCCCGCAAAACCGCACUGGAGCAGCAGCUCCAGAACGCCGACAAAGACUGCUUGGCGCUUCUGGCGCUCGUGUCCCAAGGUAUCUUUACGACUGUGACCAACCUCGCACUUGAUUUUCCUCCACAUGGAAUGCCCACGGUCUUGCCUGCACUUUGUGACGCUUUUCAGAGCAGCGUGCCGGCUGAGACAAUGGAAUGGCUUCUCUCGCUGCUGAAGAACCAAGGCGAUCUGACGACAGCCGACGUCACUCGCCUCCAGACACUCGCGACAUCAAAAACACUCUUGGUCUAACCCAAUAGUGACAUUUUGAUCUGAUCCUAUCGAG